GAAAUCAAGUCAGAUGCUUAACCACAGGAGUCACCCAGGCGCCCCAUCAGGUGGCAGAUGUUUAAAGGCAUGGGAGAAGAGCAUAGAGUAUAAUCCAUAAACUCAUCCACAGGAAUCCCAACAUUUAAAAGGAGCCAAUAGGAACCUGCAGAGGUAGGGCGCAUAAGGCACAGCAGGAAAGGCUGGAAAAUUCCUCAACAAUGCCCUAAUGUUGCCAUUUUUCUAAAACUGUCCUAUAGUUCGCUUUUGACAAGCUGUAUUAUAUUUUGGUUUUCAGGUUUUUUGCCUCGGUUCUGGAAAUAACUGGACAUAUUUAUAACCUAGAAAACCCAGUUUACCAUUACCUAUGCAGUUAUUUACUCAUCCCUGCUGUUACUCCAGGGUAGCCCAGGAUCUCGCUCGAAUCCUAGCCACUGCCCUCCUACACGAGACCCCCCACCCCCCGCCCCGCCGUGCUUCUGUGAGUCCAAUGAAACAGCGCUAGCAACUUGAGCUGUCGCUGGGAUCAUCCUCAGACCAUGCCCCCGCCUUCUUUUAAGGGUAAACGACACGCCGUGCACUGCGGGUGCUGUUCGGAGAGGGACACGCUGCCUUGCUCGCAGCCUAGGACGCAUCACUGAGCGCAGCGACUGUCACGGGCAUCGUGAUGCGGUUCCGUUGCUUUGCGGUUCCCUGAGAUUAGAACGGGAGGAGCCAUGGCCGCGACUGGAGCGGCCCCAGGUAACUCAGCAGUGCGCAGAGGCCAGGCUCUGAGCCUCGAGGAAGUUCUUGGAAAACGGGCCACAAAAAAGAUGCGGGUCGAAGGAGGGAGGCAGAGACGCCGUGCCUGGGGGCCCAGGGCCUGCGCCGGCCGGAGGGAGGCGGAUGUGCCGCCUCCGUGCGCUCCUCGUCAGACGGCGGCGGUUACUGCUUCCGAGGUCAAACGAACCCGGACGCGUCUAAAGGGUGCAGAUCCGGCGCGCGCCUGAGGGAGCGGAAGACCAACCAGCGCCCCAGCCUGGGGGGAAUGACUCCCCUCUGCCCUCACCCCGCGCUCCACCAUUUCUUUACGUCCGUGCUCCGCUCAGUGUUCAAAGUCGCGCGCAGCGCCUUGCCGAGAGCCGAAGCCGCGGGGCCUCCCUUCCGGCCGCUGUCCAGCACUCGCAGCCGGAGCCGGGGCUGCCGCGGCACCACGACACCCGCCACCUCCCCCAGCAAGCGGCCCCGGCCUGCGGAGGACAGCAUGCGGCUUCGCUUCGUCCGGCUCUCAGAGCACGCCACCGCCCCGACCAAGGGGUCCGCGCGGGCUGCGGGCUACGACUUGUACAGUGCCUAUGAUUAUAUGCUACCACCUAUGGAGAAGGCCCUUGUGAAAACGGACAUUCAGGUAGCUCUUCCUUCUGGGUGCUAUGGAAGAGUAGCUCCCCGUUCUGGCUUGGCUGCAAAACACUUCAUCGAUGUAGGAGCUGGCGUCAUAGAUGAAGAUUAUAGAGGAAAUGUGGGUGUCGUGCUAUUUAAUUUUGGCAAAGAAAAGUUUGAAGUCAAAAAAGGAGAUCGGAUCGCACAGCUCAUUUGUGAACGGAUUUUUUAUCCAGAAAUAGAGGAAGUUCAGGUUUUAGAUGACACUGAAAGGGGUUCAGGAGGUUUUGGUUCCACUGGGAAGAAUUAAGUUAUGCCAAGAAUAAAAUAAGAAAACAUACUUUUUCUUUAAAGAGUUUUUGCUUAAAGUGUUUUGGUGUUUUGCACAUCUGUAAACGUAAUAGCUUUAGUUUCUAAAACUGUUUGGUUUUCUUAGGAAUUAGGAAAAGAUACCUCUGUUGGGGGGGGGUCCCAUAAAACCUGAUAUGCUUAUGUUUUUACACAUCUGAUUAUUGUAUAAAUCUGUGUGGUGACCUAAUACAAACUGUUUAUUUUUUUAAUCAGAUGUAUAUCGAUUACAGACCCAAAAAACCCUGUAUUAUUUAAUUCACUAAAUGCUUUCUCUUCAACUUAUUUAGUUGCUUUGUGAAUCAUAAGCAGUGCCUUUCAUUCGACGAAUUUGAAUUCUUUCACAGAUAUAAAUUAUUGUAUGAAGUGAACGAAAAAGAUAAUAAAAAGAAGUUGAAAUUA